AUGGACAUCAAUGAAGAUACCAUUCCCGAGCUCCAGCCCAUCUUCACCUUCCUCAACAGCCAUGCGAACAAGCUGUAUCAGGAAGGCUACUUCCUGAAAUUGGACGACCAAAACACCCAGGGAAAGCCAAAUGUUGACCGCACAUGGACCGAGUGCUUCGCCCAGCUCGUCGGCACUGUCCUGUCGUUAUGGGAUGCGGCAGAACUGGACGCCGCUGGCGAGGACGGCGAGAUCCUCCCCAAAUUCAUUAACCUGACGGAUGCGUCCAUCAAGAUGCCGUUGCAGAACAUCCUGAGCAUCUCAACUGCCGGCAGGAAUCGCUAUCUGCUGCAUUUCAACUCCCACCACUCAUUAAUACAAUGGACCGCUGGCAUCAGGCUCGCCAUGUACGAGCAUUCGACUCUGCAAGAGGCUUACACCGGUGCCCUAAUCGCCGGCAAGGGCAAGUCCCUUAACAACAUUAACCUGAUCAUGGAUAGAUCCAAGUUCAAGACCGAGGAGUGGGUGCGCGUGCGAUUCGGCGCCGGAGUCCCUUGGAGGCGGUGUUGGUGUGUCAUUUCUCCGCCCGACGAGAAGGAGUACGCAAAGGCACAGAAGGAGAUGCGCAAGAAGUCGCCCUACGACCGCUCGACGCCUACCCUCAAGGGGGACAUCAGGUUCUACGACACCAAGAAGGACGGCAAGAAGCAGAAGAAGGCCCGCCCCAUCGCUACAAUCACCGAUGCCUACUCGUCAUACGCCAUCUACCCCCAGGCGAAGUCGUUGAUCGAUGCAUCUACCCUGCUGAAGAUUGAGGGCAACAUUACCAUCCACUCUGAGCCGCCUUCGUCAACGGAGGGUUUCGUAUUUAUUAUGCCCGAGACUCACCCCGCCGUCAGCGGUUUCGAGAUGCUGCUGCGCUUCCUCUUCCCGACGUGGGAUACUUUUGGCCUCUACGGUCGCCCUGGUAGGCUCGUUGCCAGUGUUCUGGACCCGAGAUCACUCAUGUUUGCCAUGCCGAAGCAUCGGAGAUAUGGCUACCUCGAGAUUCUCGAUGUUGCUGGGCUGAUCUUGGAGGAGGGAAGCUCAUCCUGGUCGGAGCGUGAGUGGAGGAAGAAGCUCAAAGAGCUCACUGGUAAGCGGAUGAAUGCCGUCGAUGAGAGCCAGGGCGCCCGUCAAAGAAGCGGAAGCAAGAAGAGCACUCGUCUCAGCUUUGGCAACGGCACUUCGAGCCCUGUUCCAGCGAAGCCUAGAGUGGGCUUUGCCGAUGAUGCUAUCUCCAACCGUUCGUCUCGGUCCAUGUCUCUGGGCACACCUAACCGCUCAGAGACGGCUCCCGUCACGACUUCACGCGUGCCUCCUCCGCUCGCAGGCAUUAACAAAGCAAACCAUGCGCGCAACUCUUCAGACCCUCACCUGCUCGGCCAGACGCCCCAGCGAAAUGAAGAUCGCGGCUACGACAGCUCUUACAACAACUCGCCUGCACGCGGCCCUACCCCUGUCAGAGGCGUUCUCCGUUCGGGUACCCAGAGCUCAGAGGAAGACACCGCUCGCAGCACGCCAGUGCGCGAACUCGAGGGAAGCGUGCGCAACAUGGAGUCGCCAGAGCCAGUUGCUGCGCCGCCUGCUUUCAACUAUGGUCCUAACUCCAAGCCUGCCGGCAAACCUUACCAUUCCCCAGAUCUUCGCAGGGCCACCACGCGCUUGUCCAACACCACCUUGUCCCAGUUGACAAAGGCAGGAGGAUUCGUGAUCCCUCCCGAUAGCUCCUCUGAUGCCUCGUCCGAGCGUAGAAGUGGAGAGGAUACCGCGCCAUCCAACCCAUUGGUACAUCCUCAAGCCAAUCCCGUAGGAGGCACUGCUAACGAUACUCUGUCUCGUGAAGCUAUGACCCCUGAUCCAACCCCUCCCCCCUCCGGUGGUCUGCCGCCUCCUAUUCCGCCCAUGAACCAGAAGCGUUCCCGAUCGCCCCUUGCUCAGCAGUCGUUCGGUCCCCCAGCCCUCACCCCCAGGGUCCUCUGCCUCCUCAUUCCCAAGCUCGCGGUCCCCAAGAUGCGAGCGGCCCUCCCCCUGAUAUGA